CGGGGAGUUUCAUUGGGACGGAGAAGAGGAGGACGCGCUUCUGUUAAAGAUGUUUGCAGCCUUCAUCCUGCUGUUCCUGUACCAGCCAGCAGAGGGAGCGCCCCCCCCUAUAACCUGCUACAACGACCGAGGACAGGCUGUGGAUUGGUGAAUAUUUCUAUAAUUACACAUCCUAAGACAAAAGGUUCUAUCUUUACAAACUACCUAAACAACACCGACAAAAAGAUCCUAAAAAUGGACUGAAGUACUUGUUGAUGGAAAGAGGGAGCGAAGGAUGGACAGAGGGGAAAGUGACUGUGAACGACACAACAGGAGCGCUGGGGAACACAGCUGGACAGCUAUAUACACAGAAAAAGAACCGGGAGGUGGCUUACAUUUUGUACAAUGACCAGAGGCCCGCCGGAGAGGUUGCUGACAGAUGGAUGUAUGAUGGUAGCAGCAAAGGGGGGCACACCAAAGGUGUUGUGCUCCUGGAUAAGACCCAGGGCUUCUGGUUGGUCCAUAGUACUCCUCAUUUCCCCCCGGUGCAACAAGCAGGACAGUAUUAUUACCCCAGCAGCGGAGUGAACAACGGGCAAAACUUCCUCUGUGUCACUUACCCACUAGAGCGCUUUCAGACCAUCGGAGAGCAGCUGCAGAUCAACCAGCCUGAUGUGUAUGAUUGUGAUGUCCCGCAGGCCUUGGCGGCCGUGGUGCCGGCCUUGGCUGCAGUCUGCGCAAAACACAGACUGCAUGCACACACGUUUCCCCACUUCCGACCGCUCUCCAACCGCAGUGUGACUCUGAGCUCGCUGCACGGCACCGACUUCAUCAGCUUUGCUAAAGGAGCAUCUUUCAACAACGACUUGUACCACUCCUGGGUGGCGCCCACACUCCAGUCCAAUCUGCUAGUCCAGUUCUGGUUGCGCUCCACAGGCGUUCUCCCUUCUAACUGCUCGCUGGGCUGGAGAGUCCUCAACAUCAAGCUCAUCUCGCCGGGGCAGAGCUUCGCCUUCAAUUCCAGCCAGGAUCACUCCAAGUGGGCUGUGAGCACCAAAGCUGCCGGGUCCCGGUCCGGAGGUGCUGAUGGGGGUUGGGUUUGCGUGGGGGACAUCAACAGGAACCGGGCAGAGGAAAGGCGAGGAGGAGGUACGGUGUGUUUGCUGGACGCCGUGGUGUGGAAGGCGUACCGGGCGGCGGCGCUGGAGUGUGAGAUGUGUAGAGGGGGAACAAGAAAGUGUGACGACGACGAUCACUAAAUCUGAAUC